UUUGCUAAAGUUUGCACGUACCUUUGCUUAAGUUUUCUAAAUAUUGUUGUCCCCGAUGAAUCCCGAUCGUUAAUUAAAGUAACGCAAUUUCCGACUGAAUUUAAAAUGGAUUACAGUGCGUACGAAAACAAACUGUAUUCCGUAUCGCAACCGAUACAGGCGAGUUCGGGUUAUUUUUCCCCGCCAAGCACCAGCAGUGCAACGCUUCUCAAAGUACCCAAUCCUCUUAUAAAGCAAGAACAGCCAUUGAUAACAGCUGGAAGUUUCGAAGGGAAUAUUACGCCACCCGUAAACGUAAACUGCAGUCAAAGUCAGCACUAUACCGAGGGAAAUGGAACGACGACCACAUCAAAACCUCUGGACUUGCAGUUGAUGUCAAAUGCAUAUGCGCAUCACCAACAGUUCAUAUCAUCAUCUCAUCAUCAUCAACAGGACGAACAAGUCCCGAGCUAUUACGAUUGCACUGAUCACUCAAAUCCCUCUAGUUUAUGCUCCUCAGGCGAACUGCGAGUACAAAACCUUCAACAAUCCGCGGUACCGCGGCUAACAGCAAACCACUCUACACCUGUCUCCCCAGCACAGUCGACCCAGAUUCCCCCUUCAAUCGGGUCUCAAAAUCCAGACUACAACUGUGGCACUUGCUCGAAGUCAUUCUCAACCAAGCUAAGACUGUCAAAACAUCUCAAAACACACCUUUCUAACUACCCAGAUGCAGUGUUCAAGUGCCGCAUGUGUGAAAAAAUAUUUCGCACGAAAAGUACGCUAAUUUGUCACGAAAAAGUACAUGGCGAAGGGAUCGACAAUCGGUUUUCAUGUGUCGAGUGUGGCAAGAUCUUCGGCACGGGCGAGAAGCUGCAGGUGCAUCGACGGUUGCACACGGGCGAAAAACCCUACCAGUGCAAGGUAUGUAUGAAGCACUUUAACCAUCAAUCGAAUCUGAUCGUUCACGCUCGCAUACACGAAAAGGUGAAGAAGGCACUGAAGUGUGAAAGGUGCAGUAAAGUAUUGGAUAACGAGGAACGAUUGGUCAUUCAUAUGCGACUGCACACGGGGGAAAAACCGUAUAAGUGCUCGUAUUGCGACAAACGUUUCAAUCACAAAAGCACGGUAAGCACACACGAAAAGGCGGCCCACAUUGCAGCCAAUUCGUUUCAGUGCAACCGGUGCCACAAGACAUUCAAUCAAAAGUGUCAGCUCCAGUACCACGAAAAGCUUCAGGAGGAACACAUGAUUGGCUGUGCGAUGUGCGAAAAGGUAUUUUGCUACAAGGCGAGCCAUAAGGAGCACAUGUUCAAAGUGCAUUUUCCGCGACAAAAAAAAGACCAGAAAACCAUGAGUGAACCAGUUCCAAGCGGUGGGAAAGGCAGCGGUGUGGGAAGGAACAAGUACAAAUGCACAGUUUGCGAUCGAAGAUUUUACUAUGCGCGAGCACUGGAUGUGCACAUGGGAGUGCACGAUUCAUCGUUAGACGUGAACGUACUGUACUUUUCCUGCAACUAUUGUCCCGAAACAUUCAUCGACGACGAUCUGUUACGGAAGCAUGAGUCGGAACACACUGCCAACUGCACCACCAAUUUCCUGUCUAAUAUUGGGCGGGGAAUGAACGAAGCAGAGGAAUCAGGGAGGAAUAAUCGGUGUGAAAAAAGAGAUACUUUUUGUCCGCUGUGUUUCAAGCAGUUCGACGACCAGAACACGUUACUCGACCAUCACAAGAGUCAUCUCUGCUCGAAUGCAGAUUGCACCAAGUGUGGUCCGGCACGUCGAAACGAGCGUAACGUUACAAUCAGCACACACGAUGGUCUGGAGGAUAAACGCGAAACGGUUUGCAACGUCUGCCACCGAGUGCUACCCACAUUCGAACAAUUUCAGAAUCACUUUCACUACCAUACGUCGCGUGUCCCAUUCUACUGUUACCACUGCCGGGUGGAGUUUAACGACAAACGGGAGUUAUACACGCACGCUAAGGCGCAUCUACCACGUGUGUCGCAGUCCUACACGUGUAAAAUAUGUUCAAAGGUAUUCUCGACGAAAGGAAACUUUAAGCGACAUUUGAAAUCACAUGAAACCGUUCGGGCAUUUGCCUGUGACCGUUGCUUUAAGCAGUAUGACUAUAAAAGUGCACUGGAAGCACAUUUGAAACGAUCACAUGGAAUCGCGUUGUAGACGUUUGGCAGAAGAUAUAGUAUGCAUACAGUUUAAUGUUGAGUUAAUAAAAAUGGUAUCAAUAAAAAUGUUACAGUCCACGUUAAAGAAAGACAUGACAGAUUAUUGUUAUUAUUAUUUUAUUUAGAAUGAACAGAUCCGUAUUAUCUACAUACGAGUGUUUCGGCUACAAAAACCAGACCGGAUCCUCUAAAGUAAUGUUAUACGAAUAGUAAAGCAAUAAGAAACAGACAUUUGUAAAAGCUUUUUAGUUUUCUUAUAAUAUUAUUCAAUUCCUACGAACCAUAUGUACAUUGUUUAAGUCCAUAAAUACUAAUAAAUACCUUAUGCAGUACAUUUAAAUUGCGUAAUUCAGGUGUACAAAAUGCAAAA